AUGAGAUCUAAUGAUGAGUCUGUUAACUCAAAUCCUUCAUCUCUAGCGGGUCAAAUUUCAGCGAAAGAUAUGGGUUCAAGAGUUUCAAAAGAUUCUCCAGCGAAGUCAUCAUCUGAAAGCUCCUCGAGAUCAAAGAGCCAAUCCACUAAACCUUCAUCUUAUAAUUAUUCAUAUUCUGGAACUUUUGAAGAUAUCUCCUAUCAACCCACUAAUCCUCAAACCUCACAUGUCUUUGAAUUAAUCAUGUCCGAAAUUUACCAUUUUCUUCCUGACGUUAGUAACAGUGUCAUCCUUUCAGCUGCAGACUUGCUCUUGGAAAUAUUAAAACUGGAAGAAAAACCAAUAACUUCAAAACGAAAAGAAAUUAACGAGUUAUUGGGAGCGAGUCUAGAUGAUUUACAAUUUAACGAAUUGGUAAGUUUAUCCAAACAAAUUACAGAUUAUAAUGUCAAAGAAGAUAUAGAGCAGGACGAGGAUGAGGCAGGUGAUGGGGUUGCAGUAUUAUUUGAUGAUGUAGAUAAUGAAGAUAAUCUAGGUCAAGGAUUGGUUGACUCAAAUGAAGAAGAAGAAGAAGAAGAAGCUACCGAUACACCUAAUAUUCAAAGCAACCUCGAUAAUGAUCGUCCUGCAGAAGAUUCUCUCGGAAAUGAAGAAACUAUAAUUGACUCCAAAAGUAAACAGACAUCAAAAUCAAAUUUAGUUCCUUUUGGUGAAAUAGACCCACUUUUUCUUCAUCGCAAACUUUCAUCCAUCCUUCUGGAUGCAGAACUGUCCACUAUAAGUGAUAAAUCGAAUGCAUUUUUCCGUUAUUUACUGGAUCAUAAUCUACCUACUAGAGAUUUAGAAAAUGAGUUGAUGGAAUUAAUGGAAUAUGAUCAUUUCGAAUUUGUUAAAUUAUGCAUUGAAAAUCGUUGGAGAAUUGUUUUUAAAAUCAAAUUGACAGCAGAUCAAAGCGAAGAAUCAAUAAACAAAGUCUUCGAUGAAAUUAAAGAUCUUGGUCUUGAAGAACUUUCAAAUGAAUUGAGCACUUCCAUAUUUCCAAAUGAAAGAAAAAGAAAGUUAGCAUCUGAUGAAGAGGAAGAAGAAUCAACCAAAAAACCUAAAGCCAAAGGUGAAAGAGUACCAAAAAUAGUUGAUUUGGAUAACUUAUCUUUUGACCAGGGUUCUCAUCUCAUGUCAAAUACUAAAGUCAAAUUACCCCAAGGUUCAUAUCAACAAAAUAAAAAGCUUUACGAUAUUAUCAGUGUCCCACCACCUUCUUCGCCACCUUCUUUGGAAGAAGCCGAUGAAAAGUUGGUAUCCAUACUGGAAUUGCCAGAAUGGGCAAGAGAUGCUUUUCCAUUCUCAGAAACAGCUACAUUAAACAGAAUACAAUCUAAAAUUUACCCAGAAGCAUUUAACUCUGAUGAAAAUCUUCUUUUGUGUGCCCCUACUGGUGCUGGUAAAACCAACGUUGCCAUGCUUAGUGUACUAAGAACCAUACACAAUCACAGGGAUCCUGAAUCGGGCCAUAUCAAUCUUAAAAAUUUUAAAAUCGUUUAUAUAGCCCCCUUGAAGGCAUUGGUCCAGGAACAAAUGAGAGAGUUCCAAAGAAGGUUAACUGCAAAUUAUGGAAUAGUAGUAAACGAGCUUACAGGUGAUUCAAGCUUAAACAAUGCAGAAAUUGCCGAAACUCAAAUGUUGAUUACUACUCCUGAAAAAUGGGAUGUUAUCACUAGAAAAAUAGAUGAAACAUCUUUCACAAAUUUAGUUCGAUUAAUAAUUAUCGAUGAAAUUCAUUUACUACACGACGAGAGAGGGCCUGUCUUAGAAAGUAUUGUGAGUAGAACCAUAAGGCAAACUGAAACUUCUGGCCAGCCGGUUAGAUUAGUUGGGCUUUCGGCAACUUUGCCCAAUUAUGAGGAUGUUGCCAGUUUCCUUAGGGUAGAUUUCAAAAGGGGUUUGUUUUACUUUGAUUCCUCGUAUAGACCUUGUCCUUUGCAGCAACAAUUUAUAGGAAUCAAAGAAAAGAAGGCAAUCAAGAAAAUAAAUGCAAUGAAUGAAGCAUGUUACGACAAAUUACUAGAAUGUGCUCAGAAUAAACAUCAAUUAAUUAUAUUCGUACAUUCUAGAAAAGAUACUUUCAAAACCGCUAAAUGGCUCAAAGAUAAAUUAAUAGAGGAAGGAAAGCAACAUUUAAUCCUCAAAUCAGAUGCUGGAUCAUCUGAAAUAUUAAAGCAGGAAUCUCAAGACAUGGAUAAUAAAGGAUUAAAAGAGAUUAUUCCUGAAGGCUUCGGUAUACAUCAUGCUGGUUUAAACAGGAAGGAAAGAAGUGUUGUUGAAGACUUAUUUGCUCAGGGCCAUGUCCAAGUUUUGAUUUCGACAGCAACAUUAGCAUGGGGUGUUAACUUACCAGCACAUACUGUGAUUAUUAAAGGUACUGAAACUUAUUCCCCGGAAAAGGGUUCUUGGGUUCAGCUUUCCCCUCAAGAUAUUUUACAAAUGUUGGGUAGAGCAGGUAGACCUAGAUAUGAUAAAAGUGGUGAGGGGGUAAUCAUCACAUCUCAAGAUGAAAUACAGUAUUAUUUGGCGGUAUUGAAUCAACAACUUCCGAUCGAGUCCCAAUUAAUGAGUAAACUUGUUGAUAAUCUAAAUGCUGAAAUUGUACUAGGCUCAGUGAAGUCAAGGGACGAUGCUGUUCGUUGGCUAGGAUAUACCUAUUUAUACAUCAGAAUGUUAAAAUCACCCGCUUUAUACCAUGUUGGUGCAGAAUAUGAGAACGACGAUUCUUUAUUUUGGAAGAGAAUGGACCUAGUGCAUUCUGCUUUGACCAUUCUUGAUUCCAACAAACUAGUAACUUAUGAUCCUGGUGAUGGGCAUUUAAAAUCCACUGAAUUGGGAAGAAUUGCUUCAUAUUAUUACAUUAAUUACCCAACCAUAAAUAUGUAUAACACUCAGUUAAGGCCAUGGAUGUCAGAAAUAGAUAUUUUGAGAGUCUUUUCUUCCUCAGGCGAGUUUAAGUUUAUUCCUGUGAGACAAGAAGAAAAAUUGGAGGUAUCAAAAUUACUUGAAAAAUGUCCAUUCCCAGUGAAAGAAAACCCUAAUGAGCCACUUGCUAAAGUUAAUCUAUUAUUGCAAGCUUAUAUUUCGAGGUUAACAUUAGAGGGAUUCGCGUUAAUGGCUGAUAUGAUAUAUAUCACUCAGUCAGCCGGAAGACUCUUGAGAGCAAUUCAUGAAAUUGUAUUACGUAAAAAUUGGUCAUCAUUAGCUAAGACUACUUUGAAUCUCUGCAUCAUGACUGAAAGACGAAUAUGGCUAACUAAUUCUCCGUUUAGACAAUUUGACACUAAAGUUCCAAAGGAAGUCAUCAAGGCUACUGAGAGCUCACAUUUACCAUGGGUCAGCUACUUCAAUCUUAAUGCAGCAGAAUUGGCUGAAGCUAUCAAUUUUAAAGGUCAUAGUCAAACUGCAUACGAAAUUUUACAGUAUUUCCCAAAGGUCUCCUUAAGCUACUAUUCUCAACCUAUAACACCAACGAUAAUUCGGGUACAACUAGCUAUCAUCCCUGAAUGGAUUUGGAACUCCGACUACCAUAGGCGUCUGGAACUGUUCUUACUUUUAGUAGAAGAUUGUGAUGGUGACAAAAUUUUAUACUCCGAAUCUAUCUUCAUCUCUAAAGUACACUCAGAGCGAGAACUUUUAGUUGAGUUUACUGUUCCAAUAUCGGAACCUAUACAACCAAAUUACUAUAUCACUUUGAUUAGUGAAAGAUGGUUGCAUUCUGAAACGAGAAUUCCUUUGCUACUUUAUGAUACUAAGUUUCCAAAGAAGUUCCCAGCAUUUACUGAAUUAUUUGAUUUGCAAAGAAAAUCUACUUCAGCUCUUAAAUUACCAGAAUUUAUUAAUUUUUUUAAUUUUGAAUAUUUUAACAAAGCUCAAACGCAGGUAUUUGACAUUUUGUACGGCUCAAAUGAAAAUAUAUUCGUGGGACUAGCCAAAGGAAAUGGAAAAACAGUUUGUUCUGAGUUAGCCAUACUCAAUCAUUGGAGACAAAAUAAAGGGAGGAUUGUUUAUAUCCAACCAUGUCAACGUAUUAUUGACAAACUCUACAAAAUCUGGAAUAAAAAAUUUGCGUUUGUUUCUGAAGAUAAAGUUAUUAAUAAGUUGACUGGAGAUCGCACAGAAGAUUUCUCAUUAGUAUCAUCUAGUCAUUUAAUAUUAUCCACUCCGGAACAAUUUGAGGCACUUUCGAGAAGGUGGAGACAAAGAAAGGCAAUAAGGUCAAUCGAACUUAUAAUAGCCGACGAUUCACAUAUAAUUGGAAAUGGAAUCCAAGGUGUGGCUUAUGAAGCCCUAUUAACCAGAAUGCGCUUUAUCUCCGAUCAAGCACAAAUGGAACUUAGGAUCAUCGCUUUAUCGUCGCCAUUGUCUAAUGCUAGAGACUUUGGUGAAUGGAUUGGGUGCGAAAAACUGAAUAUUUUCAAUUUUAAUCCUUCAUAUAGAGUUUCUCCCAUAGAAGAAAUAAGACUUCAGUCAUUUAAGUCUUCAAGUAUCAGCACCAUUGCUUUACAAGCUUUACCUUCAUCUUAUGAAUUUGUGAAAAGUAAUCAUUUAAUUGGAAACUCAAUCCUCUAUGUUGCUUCUAGGAAAGAAUGUUUUGAUAUCGCGUGGAGAUUUUUGAUGAAAAGUUCAAAUGAUGAAUGGAAUUUGCUUGAAGUAGAAGUGGAGGAUAUUGAGCCCUAUUUGAACAAGUUGCUGGACAGAAAGGUAAAGGAGUUGGUAUCUGCUGGUAUUGGGGUCUAUUAUGAUAGCAUGAGUGACAUUGAUAAAUUAAUUAUUGAAAAGUUGUUCAAUAGCAAUGUUUUAAAAGUUUUGAUCUCUUCCAAGGAAACUGCCUUCUAUCUGCCUGUCACCUCACAUGUUGCAGUAUUAGGAACUCAGGCAUAUGAAGGGAAAGAGGCACGUUACCUUGAUUAUUCGGUCAAUCAGAUUCUUGAAAUGGUUGGUAAUUGCCAAAAUGAAAAUGGGAAAGGUAAAGUAUUAAUUUCCACCAAUUCUUCAAAGCAAUCUCAUUACAGUAAAUUUUUGAAUGAUGCUUUACCAAUUGAAAGUGGUAUGAAUACCUUUAUUCAUGAACCAUUUAUCAAUGAAAUAUCGAAUGGUACUUUCAGAUCAAGACAAGAUUGUGUUGACUGGAUUACGUAUACAUAUUUUUAUAGAAGAUUGCAGCAAAAUCCAAGUUAUUAUGAUGCCAAAGACACAUCCCAUUUAGGAUUAUCUGAAUAUUUGUCGGAGCUAGUUGAGGAUACUUUGAAAGAAUUGGCAUCAGCAAAUAUGAUUGAACUUGAAAUUGAUGAUGAUGACAAUGAAGCUAAUGAAGAUGAAGAUGACGUUGAAGAAAUUUCGCCCUUGAAUCCUUGUAUAAUCUCUUCUUAUUAUGAUGUUUCUUUUAUUACCAUGAAGGAAUUCAAUAAGUUAGAAAACAAAACCAAAUUGAAAGGAAUAAUGGAAAUUCUUACAUCUGCUUCGGAAUUGGAUGUUAUACCAAUUAGACCCGAUGAAGAGUCUCAAUUGAGUAAGAUAUACAGUAAGGUGCCGGUAAAAGCAACUUCUAUUGAUUAUUACUCUCCUUACUUUAAGGCAUUUGUCUUAUUACAAGCUCAUUUUUCCCGUAUUGCUUUACCCCAUGAUUUAGCCAAUGACCAAAAGCUUUUACUAAAAAUAAUUUUGAGCUUGCUUGGUGCCUGUAUUGAUACUUUAUCUAAUGAAGGUUAUUUAAACGCUAUUAACGCUAUGGAUUUAUCACAGAUGAUUGUUCAAGGUGUCUGGACCAGAGACAGCCCAUUGAAACAAAUUCCUUUUGUUACGGAAGAGAUGUUGGCUAGAGCCAGAAAGUACAAAGUCGAAAAUAUUUACGACGUAAUGUCUCUAGAGGAUGACGAAAGGGACGAUUUGUUACAAUUACAAGGUGAAAAGUUAAACAAGGUUGCGGAGUUCGUCAACAAGUACCCUAACAUAGAUUUGAGCUACGAGCUUGAUCUCUCGGAUUCAGUCAGAUCAAAUGAACCGAAAGAAAUAUCGAUUAUUUUAGAAAGAGAUGAAGAUAUGGACGAUUUGGAAGUUGUUUCCGCUCAAUAUCCGUACCCGAAGACCGAAGGGUGGUGGAUUGUUAUUGGAGACAGUGCCUCCAGACAACUUUAUGCUAUCAAGAAAACUCAAAUUAGUAAAGAAUCUCAAAAUGUGCGUAUGGAGUUCACUGUUCCUACUACUGGUCAUCACAAACUAUCAAUUUGGUGCAUGUGUGAUUCCUACGUUGACGCUGAUAAAGAGAUAGAAUUCGAAAUAGAUGUGAAGCAAGGUGACACCGAAAACUAA